UAGCAAAUGCAGCUGCUACCGUUCUAAUGUUAUAGCCUUGUUCCGAGCUUCGCUCCCCGUCCCCCCUCCUCCUACAAUCACCACGAGACAAUGCUUCCAAGCUCUCUGAAGAAAGCCGCCAAGCAAGUUCUCACACAUCUCCCCUAUUAUCUCCAGCUGCGCGCAUCGAAAAUCUUCAUCCUUAGCCUGUUCGUCUGGCUCCUAAUAUUCUACUAUUGCCGAAUCAGCCUCUGGCGUGAUCCACACUCUGCCUUCUUCCAAGAUCGCCAUGUCUACGAACUGGAUUACAGCCUCCAUCGUGAGCGUGAGGCCUGGCAUUUUAUCUCGCAGCACAACUCGGCCAUCGAUCCACCAGACUACGUGAAGAGUGGAGGCACACCUACUGCUUGCGUUGCCAUGGUCACUGUUCGACGAGAUUCGGACCAUUAUUUCGAAGCAUCUCUUGGCUCGAUGUUGAAGGGGUUGGAUGAAAGAGAGCGACAAGCAUUAUAUCUCAGUAUUCUGUUUGCCGAUACAGACCCGAGAGUGCAUCCGAGUUGGGAUCAGAAAUGGGUGGGCAGGCUUGUGGAUGCAGCGGAUACUUAUAAUGUGUCGGAAGAGCAGUUGCAGCACUUGCAGGAUCUGGAGAGGGAUAAGAACUUUUAUGAGAAGGGGGUCUUUGACUAUAUUUAUGCCCUCCAAACCUGCCAAGAAGUAAAUGCUCCCUACACGAUCAUAUUCGAAGACGAUAUCAUCCUUGCCACAGGGUGGUUCACAAAGACCUUGAAGGCACUCUCCGACAUCUCUCAACGGAACCAACAGUCACAAAAUCCUUGGAUAUACCUCCGCCUUUUCUACACAGAAACCUCGUUGGGCUGGAGUGACUCCGACAUGGCAUACAGCAACAUGCCACUGGUAUUCGGCCUUCUCAUGCUAUCUAUAUUCUCAUCCUUAAUGAUACUUCGGCGCACUCGCUUUGAGCGACUUCACCUUGAUACCCUGAGCAUCGUGGUUAUCUCUAUAGUGUGCGUUCCAGCCUUCACCGCGCUCGUAUACAUGGCCGGCAAAUACAACCUGAUGCCGCUCCAAGGGGUUGUUGAGAUGAACAAGUUCGGAUGUUGUACUCAGGGCUUGGUGUUUCCGAGGGAGAGUAUGGAUGGUCUUAUUGAAUUUCUUGCUGCCAGAGGACAUGGUCAGACCGAUUCCAUGAUAGAGGAAUACGCUGAUCAGAGCCAGUUGACUCGAUAUGCUCUGGCACCGCCUCAGCUGCAGCAUGUGGGAUUGAAGUCCAGCCGGAACAAUCUUGACAUCAAUACGCAGAGUACGUGGGCAUUUUGGUUUGAGACCAAUGAUGCGGCCAAAUUGAGAAAGGAGCAUGCUGCACUUUUGGAAGAUGAUGGAGUGAAGAGAAUGUUGAAUAUAUAG